UCCGUCCCCAUGUCCCGGCCGGGCGGAAACCACUUCCGGUCCGGGCAGCGAGCGGCCCAUGGCGGGGGGCGGGAGCCGCUGGCAGCGGAUCGGCUCCGGCCGUUUGGGUCUGUGGUGCAAGAGCCUGCUGCACGAUUACGCUGACGCCUGCCGGGAUGUGGCCCUUGGCUUCAAGGAGCGGCCUGGGAAAGCCGGACUCUACCUCUCGCUGCUGGCUGGAGCCACCGCCUGCAGCCUCCAGGUCCCCUGCGACGCCUCGUUCGAGUCCUCCCUCCUCGAAGCCUCGGGCACCCUCCUCCUGCUCUCCCCCUGGAUCCGGAACAGCAGCUCUGAGGGGCAUGUCCAGCGCCUGAUGAAGCUCCGGAACCAGGGGCGGCUGCGCUACCAGAGCCUGGUCUUCUUCUCCCUCGUCUACCAGGCCCCCUUUGAUGCGGAAGCUGCUCUGUACCAGGCUCACUGCAAACACCUGAAGCCGCGCUGGACGGACUUUCCCGGGCGGAUCCUGGAUGUGGGGUUCUUGGGCCGCUGGUGGGUUUUAAGUUCGAAAAUGAAGGAUUCUGACAUCAAUGAAGAGGAAUUCAAGUAUCUCCCUGAGCAUCUCAGGACCAUCUCCCCCCAGAACCUCCACUCGGCAGCCAACGAAAAACUCUUUGAUGAUAAAUACAAACCCGUCGUCCUGACAGAGGAGCAGAUUGAGCAGGCGGAAAAGGAGGAGCAGCAGCAGUGACCUCCGGGAGCCUUAAACCAAUGAUCUGAACAAAAAGACUUCUGUUUUCUGUGAGCUCUCAGGGACAGUCGGUCUAGGAGCUAGCACUAUGGGAGGAUGGGAAGAUGAAAUACGGAAAAAAUCCUAUAGUGAAAUAUAAUUGUGCUGAUCCAAGCUAUUGCUCGCUGCCUCGUGGCCCAACUGUGCUGAGGUCAAUAAAUCAGUUCUGUGAGUUUUCCAUUCA